CCGCGGAGUAUUUUGUCCGCCUGCCGCCGCCGUCCCGGCUUACUAGUCACCGAGUUCCAGGCACAGGAACUUGUGUUUUGGGUGAGCCGGCUAUAUUACCGGCAUCAUGGAGUCACCCUUUAGCCCGGGGCUCCCUCACAGACCAGAUGAAGACUGGGAUUCUGCCUUGUUUUCUGAACUUGGUUAUCUCACAGACACGGAUGAGCUGCAGUUGGAUGCAGCCAAUGAGAUUUAUGAAAACAAUUUUGAUCAUCUUGAUUUUGAUUUGGAUUUAAUGCCUUGGGAGUCAGAUAUUUGGAAUGUCAACAGCCAAUUUUGUACAGUUAAGGAUAUUAAGACAGAAGUUCAGCCACUUUCUCCAGCCCCCUCAAGUUCUUCAGUUUCAUCUCCUCGAUCAGUGGACUCUUAUUCUUCAACCCAGCAUGUUCCUGAGGAGCUGGAUUUGUCUUCUGGUUCCCAGAUGUCUCCACUUUCCUUGUAUGGUGAGAGCUGUAAUAGUCCCUCUUCAGCAGAGCCACUGAAGGAAGACAAGCCCGUCAUAGGUCCUAGUAAUAAAACUGAAAAUGGACUGACUCCAAAGAAAAAAAUUCAGAUGAAUUCAAAACCUUCAAUUCAGCCCAAGCCUUUAUUGCUCCCAGCAGCGCCCAAGACUCAAACUAGCCCCAGUGUUCCAGCAAAAACCAUCAUUAUUCAGACACUACCAACACUUAUGCCAUUGGCAAAGCAGCAACCAAUUAUCAGUAUACAACCUGCUCCCGCUAAAGGUCAGACCGUUUUGCUCUCUCAGCCUACUGUGGUACAACUUCAGGCGCCUGCAGUUCUGCCCUCUGCCCAGCCAGUGCUUGCGGUCACUGGGGGAGCUGCACAGCUCCCCAAUCACGUGGUGAAUGUGGUCCCCGCCCCUGUGGUGAAUAGCUCUGUGAAUGGAAAACUUUCUGUGACAAAACCUGUCCUACAAAGUACUGCAAGAAGUGUGGGUUCAGAUAUUGCUGUGCUAAGGAGACAGCAACGUAUGAUAAAAAAUCGAGAGUCUGCUUGUCAAUCUCGCAAGAAGAAAAAAGAAUAUAUGCUUGGGCUAGAGGCAAGAUUAAAGGCAGCACUUUCAGAGAAUGAGCAACUGAAGAAAGAAAAUGGAACACUGAAGAGGCAGCUGGACGAGGUUGUAUCCGAGAACCAAAGGCUUAAAGUCCCCAGCCCGAAGCGAAGAGCCAUCUGUGUGAUGAUAGUGUUGGCAUUUGUAAUACUGAACUAUGGACCCAUGAGCAUUCUGGAACAGGAUUCCAAGAGAAUGAAACCUGGUGUGAACCCUGCAAACCAGAGGAGGCAUCUUCUAGAAUUUUCAGCUAAAGAAGUACAAGACACAUCAGAUGGUAUCAUCCAGAAAAACAGCUACAGUUAUGAUCAUUCUGUUUCGAAUGACAAAGCCCUGAUGGUGCUCUCUGAAGAACCACUACUUUAUAUUCCGCCACCUCCUUGUCAGCCUCUGAUUAACACAACAGAAUCUCUCAGGUUAAAUCAUGAACUUCGAGGCUGGGUUCAUAGACAUGAAGUAGAAAGGACCAAGUCAAGAAGAAUGACAAAUCAUCAACAGAAAACCCGUAUUCUUCAGGGUGCUCUGGAACAGGGCUCCAAUUCUCAGCUGAUGGCUGUCCAGUACACAGAAACCACUAGUAUCAGUGGGAACUCUGGGAGUGAGCUACAAGUGUAUUAUGCUUCACCAAGAAGUUAUCAAGACUUUUUUGAAGCCAUCCGCAGAAGGGGAGACACAUUUUAUGUUGUGUCAUUUCGACGGGAUCACCUACUGUUACCAGCUACCACCCACAACAAGACCACAAGACCCAAAAUGUCAAUUGUAUUACCAGCAAUAAACAUAAAUGAGAAUGUCAUCAACGGGCAGGAUUACGAAGUGAUGAUGCAGAUUGACUGUCAGGUGAUGGACACCAGGAUCCUCCACAUCAAAAGCUCCUCCGUUCCCCCUUACCUCCGAGAUCAGCAGAGGAAUCAGACCAACACCUUCUUUGGCUCCCCUCCAGCAGCUACAGAGGCAACCCACGUUGUCAGCACCAUCCCCGAGUCACUACAGUAGUGCCCAGCGGCUGUGAGGGAAAACUAAGAGCAGGACCUGGCACAAUGAAGAGCCGGCUGGAGAAAUGCUGUUUUCUACCUUCGUGGCAGGAAUUCAAGGGGGAAAGAGAAGAAAUGAGAAGCUGCUGUGUUACUGACCAUCUGCCCAUCUACUUGGAAAGCACUGGAAUUUCGAUGCAAGCAAAUGGUCUUUCUGCGAUGGUGAAUGUAGCCCUGAAUCCAGUGUUACCUGGUGUAGUUUUUCUUUUCCCCCCGCACCUUUGCAAACCGUGUCCAUCCUUUUGUUUUAAAUACGUGUCUUCUUUCGAAUGAGAUUCUGUCUCCCUUUUUGCCAUUUCACAUAUUGACACACAGCAAAGUCAUUUUUAUUUAAGGCUAUAUAGCACGAAGAUAUUCAGACGGUUUCCACUGAUGGAAAUUUUCAUUCAUUUAAUGAAAAUUCGUUCUGGACAUUGUCUUUAUUUGGAGGGAAAAAAGAAAACCUCAAAACCAAGACAGCCAAAAACACCCCCCAAAAGAGUCAGAACAAUAUGGAGCUUUAGGUGAAAGGGAAAUUUCUCAGUUGGUAAAGUUUACUUGGGAUUUGUGGUCCACAUCUGUACAAAUACUGUUUGGGGGGCUCGGGGGGCUGGGUAUCAAAUUUGAGAGAAUGAUACAGGACAGAAGGGUCAGCAGUGGGCCUUUGAGAAAGAGAACUCCAUUGGUCAAUGUGUCUAAAACAUGAAAGGCCAAUACAGGUGCAGUGAAAGCCACAGCUGCCACUCAUUUUGAGAACACCAGACCAUGCGAGAUCACCACAGGUCCUGUGCCUUCUGUCCACUGAUCGAGGCAGAGCCUCCAGCAGCACAGGGCAGCCCCUUCAUUUUCUUUGUGCGCCCUCGCCCUCUGUGUGAUACCACAUUCAGCCAAGGAACAUGGACGGGACUGUAGACUUCAGCAAGGCAAGAGCUGCUCUCCUGAGAGUUGACCAGUAUUUGUUGCUUAAGGCGAGGCAGGCAAGUCAAGCCCGGAUUCGUGCUGAGAGCUGUAGCCCAUAAUAUGGCAGUAAUUUUCAGUUGGGCCAGUGAAAAGUUAGUGCAUUAACCACUUUGCCACCUUCUAGUAAAAGAAAAGGAGCAAACAGCUGUGUUCACCUAAAUUUUACUGUGCCUUGCCUACUUUCUUUCCUUUAGUAGCAAGUUAGAAAUUCUGUUCCUUUGGUAAAUUCAUAGAAAUGGAUCUCAGACAGUGACGUCCACUGAUGCUCUUCCUUCAAUUUCUCUCUCUCUCUCUUUCUCUUUCUAUAAGAUUUAUUUAUUUAUUUGAAAGACAGAGUUAGAGAGAGGGGGAGAGAGACAGAGAGGGAGAGAGAUCUUCCAUCCGCUCAUUCACUCCCCAAAUGGCCACAAUGGCCAGGUAGGCCAGGCCAAAGCCAUGUCUCCCACAUGGGAGGGACUUGAACCAGGACCCAUAUGGGAUACCGGCGACCAGGCGGCAGCUUAACCUGCUGAGUCACAACGCAGGGUUCCCCCCACCCCGAAUUCCUUCAGCUUCUAAUGUGAGUCUUCCUCUUCUGUGAAGCUUUUCAGUUUCUCAAUAGAACGCAUUCAGCUAAUACCGCCUCUUACCCAAGUGACUUGCCUUUGUCAGAUUUCUUUCCAUUCCACACUGUACCAAUCAGUCCCUCUCCCUCCUCGCCAAAAAAAAAGGAUGGGGGUGGGGGUGGGGGGGAAUCGCAUCAACUUCUUAAGGAUUCUAUGUACCCAGUUAGUGUCCGGGGCCUGUGAAUUUAGGACUAGCUUCCAAAUAAUUUUGCUAAAUUAUUCAUGAAGAACCUAAAUAAUUUUGAAGAAUCCCUAACACAACAGCCUCUCGGGCUCAUUUGAUGCUUCCCCUGGGAAAUCAGGCUCACCCUGCGAGGGGAAGAAGACGGCUCUGUUGUCCCAGCGCCUGAAGUAAGCAGUUUCCUUUCUUUAUAUCACAAACCAGGCUGGGCCCAGGAAGCACGCCCCGCCGAUUUAACUUUCAGACAAAAGGUUUUUUCCCAGGGGAACCAUGCUUUCAUGGGUGCCAAGGAAUAGAAACCAAAUGCCUGGAGCCCACUAGGUUACUGGACGUCGCCCAGGCCCCCUCCUGCCCCUUCCCCUUCUGAAAUGUGAAUUUGUGGGACAGGAGGCUGUGACCCCGGGCUGGUGGGCAGCAGCCUCCCGGCCACUCCCAGGCUGCUCAUCUUCUGUUGCAACUGCUGUCUGUUGUCACCACCGAGACAAACACAUAGGCAGGCGGUGGAAGUAAGCAAGGCCUCCCUCCCUCCUCUCCCCUCUGCACUGAAUUGCGUGGGAAGACACCGUCACAUGGUCUCCUCAUUGUAGCACUUCACCUGGCUUUCUCCUCUACCCUCAGCUUUUCCCAUACUCCUUAGCCUGGAGACUUCGGUUCACCAACCUCUCACACAGAAGAGUGUGGGUGACAGGAGGGAGUCUCACCACAGAGCAGGCAGGCACUGGAGGGACCGGCGGCCCGGUCGCAGGGCCAGGCCCGCAGAGCAGUCUGGGAAACUUGCCUUCUCGGCCCUUUCGGCUCCUUGUCAUCCAUGGCCUAUUCCUGAAUGGAGUUUUUUGAGACAAGGGAACUGGAUUAUCCUCAGGGUAGACUUUGAAGAGACAAGCGAAAGGCGACUGGCAAGUGCAAGUUUAAAUUGCUGGCAAAACUAUUAUUAAUCCCUAGGCACAACAGUUUUUAUUGUAAUGCUUAGCCCUUUAGUAAAAGGGAAGUGCUAUUCCAGGUUAAUAAAUGAAGCAGGUGUUUCGGUUUAAUUUAUUUUUUUGGUGAGGUUGCCCUUUGGAGGUUAUAGCCAGGAAUUCUGGGAAGUAUAAGUCUUAUACACACACACACACAAACUUUUAUAGUUAAUAAAUUUUGAAUGGGAUUAUGCAAUUUGUGAGAAAAUUAGAUAUACUCGUGGAGGACGCAAACCUGCCUGUUAUUAGGUGACUCUGUGUAUUUCAGGCCAGUAAUACAACAACCUCAGAAGUGAUAAUAGAGACCAAUGCAAGCAGUCUUUCUUUUUUUUAAAAAAGUUGUAUUUAUUUAAUUUAUUUGAAAGGCAGAGAGAAAGCUCCCAUCCACUCAGAUGUCCACAACAGCUAAGGUUGGGCAAGGCCAAAGCAGGAGACUGGAAGUCAAGCCUGCUCUCCCGUGUGGGCGUCGGGGACCCACGCACUUGAGCCAUCACCUGCUGCCUCUCAGGGUGCACAUUGGCAGGAAGCUGAGAUAGGAGCAGAGCCAGGACUUGAACCCAGGCACUGGGCUGUGGGAUGCCAGUGUCGCAGGCAGCAGCUUUGCCGCACUAAAUUCACACCCUGGGAGCAGCAGUCUUUGCUUGUUUACAAGUCCCAAAUGUUUUAGACUUCAUGGUGUAAGUGGGUAUUUUCUAGAGCUAACUAUGGAGUAAGAUGUAGGCACUUCUUCCUGGCGUUAUCUCAUAAGCACAGGGACACCGAUUCGUUAGGAUGUUCAUGUAAACUGACUCCAAAGUUAGAAAUUAACGCAAAAGGUUCAGUCUUGAGGCAAAUAUAUUGUUUACCAUGCUUGUAGUGUACAACUUUACAUUAGAUUAAUGACUACAAGUUCCAGCACAAAGCUGGUAUUUCUUUGCCUUGUCUUGUUUGCAAAAAGUAGACGUGGAGGUAUUUGGAAGCAACAAUGUUAAGUGAGUCAUUCUUAAAUGUUCCUAAUAAACAUUACAUAGAGAAGGAACUUAGGGUUCAAACUGAUUUUUUUUCUCUCUCUCUCCUGUUUAAAGAGACACUGCCCUGAUGCAACUUGGCUGGCUUUUCCUCCUGGGCAUGCAUUUCCUGGUUAUCACAGCAGUGGGACACUGGUCAGAUACUGCCACGGUGGCAUUUGAGUGACUACCGCUGGAGAAGCCCCAAGCUCUGGGCAGCUUUCAUGCUAUUUGGUUUUUAUUCCUGACGUCUUACUAAGCCAGGGUCUUGAAACUUGAUGGAGAUGUAUCACAGGAAGAAAAAAACAAAAAAAACAAACCUUGUAAUUGCAUUUGACUUUCUGACACAUUGAAAAGUUUCCCAGGCACUUUCACUUUCAGCAACAUGUUAGACAUAACCACUUUUACUCUCCUACCUGAAGAGUGGGGGUGAGGGGCGCUGAUCCGAUGCCCCCUUGCAGUCUGACCUAAUGGAAACUUUUCCGCCCGUGAAAGCCCUCUCUUUCCACCACAUUCUGACUGCCUGACUCGCUUCCUUUAGCAGACCCGUAGGAGCUGCGUUGCGAGGGAGACCUUUUCCUGCUGUGGGCUGUUUCCCAUGCAUGUCCCUCUCAAACAAGCUUGCUGACUGUCAAAACUGAUGGAAGCUGAUGACCCUCCACGGGCCCCACAUUCUGUACCAGAAUGUCGUCAGCGUCAGUCUUGAGUCAUUUUAGUUUACGGAAAUUAGGAUUUGUUGCUAAUCUGAGUACGGCUUUUAACUUCUACCUUAAAAACAAGAAUAGAACCUAAAAGAAAGAGAAUAAAAUGUAAGAAAUUUCCAUUCCUACCCCUAAUAACAUCUAGAAGGGGAAAUUCCUGUCUCCUCCCCACACCCACACCCACACCCAUACCCCUGCAAGAUUGUAGUUGAUGUUUAAUUUUCUAAGAAACAGAAUACUGGACUACCCACAAUGAUAUUGCCAGAGUCCAAGAGGAACUAUGCACAUAAAAGAAAUGCAGUUUUCUCCUACCUGAAAAAAAAAGAAAUCAUAGUUUGUUCUGUUAACUUGUGUUUGUAAUGGCCUAAGCUUAAAGCAAAGUGUGUUUUGGAUAAGUCUAGAGCUGUCAGCGGUUUGUUCUAAUAUAUGUGUAAAACUGUCAGGUGCAAUGGAAUUUAAGAAAAAGGAAUGUCAGAGGUAUCCGAUGAGGAAAAUUUAGUCUUGCGUACAAAUCCUGUCAUGGCUAGCCACGAUCACACAGCGGGCAGCAUUCUCAACAUACUGAUUUGCUAACUCUAAGUAUUAGGGAACUAGCACAUGAAAAGACUUUUAUUUAUAUUAGACUUGAGAACCAAGGAACAAAGAAAUCAUAGUUUGUCAUUUGUCAAACACCACGCUGUUGUGCUGCUUGCCCCAGUGUGUUGGUGACCACUAGUUAAACAACCGAGGAGGCUCGUCACAUCCCGGGCACACUAAUCCCAGAUGGAGAUUAGCAGGCUGACUUUCACAGCAAAUGUGUGUCGAGCCAUUUUGACUCCUAGUGACCCUUCGUUUCCGGGUCAUUCACCAGUAGAGAGGGCACGAUGGGGAAGCAGCACUGUAGGUGAAAACCUCUAUGCACUACUAGCCUUAGAGAUACUAGCUUCUAGUUCCCAUCAUGUUGACAGUGGGCGUGGGCCGAGACCAAUGGAGCUGCACCCACACAGCCCGCAGACCCCGAGGAGAGCGUGGCAGAGGUGCCACCUCACUAGAAUUUUCUUUCUGAGGUUGUCUCCAUGCUAACUUACAAAUGUGUUAAAGAUGAGGAGCAAAGAUGUUCUUUCCCCGUGGUUUCCAAUGCAUAAAGAAAUAAUGACAGUAGACUAUUUCGUACUUUAAUGCAAGUCUUUAUGAUGCAAUACCUGUUCUUUCUCUAAAAUCCAAAUAAAGACUUUUUAA